GCCUGCUUGGCCGCCCUGGCACGGGAGAAACACGGGUUCACAUUAGUCGUCGAACUCGUCCCCCUCCGACUCGUCCGCGGGCCGCCGCGCCGUCUGCGGCGACGCGGCCCCGGCUUCGGCCGCCGGCGCGCCGGUGGCGGCGUCGCCGGUUUGGCCCAAGAGGCGGUUCGCGAGCGCGGUCAGCGGCCCUGCGGUGGCGCCGCCGGUUUUGUUGCGAUUGCGCCGCGCGACGACGAACGCCACAAUACCAUAAAGCACGAUGCGGAUCGCCAUCAUCGGCGGCUUCUUCUUUUUUUGUCGCGUUCGCUGCGGCUGCGGCUGGGCCGCGGGGGGAGCCUGCACCGGCUUAGUUCGCUUUUUGGGUUUGGUGCUCAUUUUUGCUACGCGCGCGUUCCUGGCGCAACCACUCGUCGCGGGCAGCCUCGGGACGAGGUGCGCAGACCGGCACGGCUGCCUUUUGCAAUUGCGAGAGGUCUGCGGCAGUGCCAAGUGCUAGCUUAGCUUGUGAGCGG